AAGCUUUUCGCAUUUUAAUUUUGGUUGGUGAAGACGUGUUUUUUAUUUGCAAAGCCGGUAGAAAAAACGCAAAUUUUUUUGAAAAAUAUUUUUAAAAAAUUUUUUUAUUUAUAAAAUUUAAAUUUGAUUUGUGUUAAAUAUUUUAACGCUUAAUCAUGCCGCCAAGAGAUGUUGCUUUGCUUAACAACACUGAUUCGCUGUUGUCAAGCGCCGAAUUAAGUAAAUCUGCGGGCUCCAAGCAAACCGGUGUCUUGUUCGAGUGCGAUGCUGAUACGACCGAUGGAGCCCUUGCGACCGAUAUACGCCAAUACAAGAAAGCAGAGAAGCGUAAGCUGAAGUUGGUGUGGCGGAAUAUCAUUUUGUUUGGAUAUUUGCAUGUAGCUGCGCUGUACGGUGGUUGGCUCUUCUUCACCUCAGCUAAAUGGGCUACAGUAUUUUUCUCUAUAUUUUUAUAUUCCAUUGGAGUGUUGGGCAUAACUGCCGGCGCUCAUCGCUUAUGGGCACAUCGUUCUUACAAAGCUAAAUGGCCACUACGUGUUAUUUUGAUCAUUUUCAACACAGUUGCUUUCCAAGAUGCAGCUUAUCAUUGGGCACGUGAUCAUCGUGUACAUCAUAAAUUCUCUGAAACUGAUGCUGACCCACAUAAUGCUACUCGUGGUCUUUUCUUCUCACACGUUGGCUGGUUGCUCUGCAAAAAACAUCCUGACGUUAAGGCUAAAGGCAGAGGUCUUGACUUAACCGAUUUACGUGCUGAUCCAAUUUUGAUGUUCCAAAAGAAAUACUAUCUAACUCUCAUGCCUUUGGCAUGCUUCAUUUUACCAACAAUCAUACCCAUGCUAUGCUGGAAUGAAUCUUUCAUCAAUUCUUGGUUUGUUGCAACCAUGUUCCGUUGGUGCUUCUUGUUGAACGUUACUUGGUGUGUAAACAGCGUAGCACAUAAAUUCGGUGGACGUCCAUAUGAUAAAACCAUCAAUGCAUCUGAAAAUCCAGGUGUUGCUGCUUUUGCAUUUGGCGAAGGUUGGCAUAAUUAUCAUCAUGUGUUCCCUUGGGAUUACAAAACAGCUGAAUGGGGUAACUACACCAUGAAUCUAACGACAGCUUUCAUUGAUUUCUUUGCCAAGAUUGGUUGGGCUUAUGAUCUAAAAUCGGUUGCACCAGAAACAAUUGAGAAACGUGUUAAACGCACCGGUGAUGGUUCACAUGAAUUGUGGGGCUGGGGCGACAAAGAUUUAAGCCCUGAAGAUGAGAAAGAUGUAUUGAUCAUCAAUAAGAAAACUGAGUAAAUGCUACGAUACGCAGCUGCUGUGCACUUAUAUUUUAUAGAAUUCAUUUGCAUGCAAACAUUUAAAGCAAUUAAUUCUACUUUUAUAAAAAGUAAAUUGUUAAUCUGUUAUUGGCACUACAUUAUCAAAUGUAAUUGUAUUUAAUCCGAUUAAAAUAUUAUCGAAAGUAGAAGAAAUUGAA